AAACGAUAGCACGGAUAUUAUAUUCUGUGAAAAUAAAUACGCAAGUUGUUCGCAGGUGUAUUGAAAUGCGAUUUAUGCAAUGGCUGUAAAUUAUAAAGCUUUGUUUACUUCAAGAUAUACGAGAACGAACACCUCCUCCAAAGAGGCCUUUGAAGAAACCUUCUUUAGGUGGUUCUGGCAUGUCCAUUGGCAAAAACAGUUCACCAAUCAUCUCCGUCAUGUUCGUGCUAGGAAAAAAACGUUUGAUAAAAUGGAAAAAAGUUGGCAUGUUAAACUAAUAAAUCGCUUUAGCGCAAGAAAGAUACUGAAUAAUUAAUAGUAGACUAGUUACUCACCAAAAUUCAGCAUCUAUGGUGAACUUUUGCAACUCGGAAGGGGAAGCAAGGUACAAUCCAUGACCUCUAUUGCUGAAGUUGAAUGUCCUGGCAAUUCUAAAAAACCACAUUCGAAUUUUAAACAAGUAUAGCGCCUUCUUGAAUUAAUGACAUAUUCACAAAAUAUCCAGCUUAUCGGAACAAAAAUAGAAUACUUUCAUUAUUCAAUCUUAUAAUACUCGUAUGUCUCGAAAAGUGCCUUAGCAUUU